UCAAGGUCGUGCAUUUUGUUUCAUUUACUCAGUAAUCAAAAAAUCAAAGUGUCAACUAUGAUUUACAUUCAGAAAUUAUUGCCUUUGUGGUUAUUUCUCGUGGCAGUGGUAACGUCAUAUCCGGUACAACAGUAUCCUAAAUACGAAAAUCCCCAGGAUUACGACGAUGGCGGCCAUCAUGAAAGUCGCGCGUUUCACGAGAGACAUUUCGUCGACCCGCAUCACAUCGAUUACUAUGCUCAUCCGAAAUACAGUUACAAAUACGGCGUGAACGAUUUCCACACGGGUGACAUCAAGUCCCAGCAUGAAUCGCGUGACGGCGAUGUCGUAAAAGGGAGUUACACACUGGUGGAACCCGAUGGCUCCAUUCGCACGGUCGAUUACACUGCCGACAAGCACAACGGCUUCAACGCCAUCGUUCACAAGACCGAACCGAUCAAGGGACAUCAUCACCAUCAAGACAACUCACACUUCAACGGAUAUUGAAUCACCUAUUAACAUUGUUUAAUAAAUAAUUAUUUAUUUCAUCACCACACAUAUCCUCAACUAUAUAAGAAUAUGUGUU